AUGGCUGUUGAUGAUUCUACUCCGGCCUCCGUCGCAUCCCAACCUUCGAAGGAAAAUGACCAACAUCCGCUCAAGAGCAGUGAAAUCAAGGGUUCGAUCUGGCUGUGUAACUUGUGUGCGAGUGCCGGCUAUGAGUGUGAUGGAUACUGGUACAAUACUUUGGCACGAAGACGUCCCUCAAAUCCUGUUUCGACUCGAAGCACCGGCAAGAACUCACGAGUCGCUAUACCAAGAAUGCUCUCCAACCCCACCUUCACCACCAUGCCUCCUCUUCAAAACGACAAUCUGCCCCGGCAAGUUGCCUUAGCGCAAAGCGAUCAGUCAGAAAACAUGGCACGCUCAUCAGGAAUUCCUCUACCGCUACGGAAUAAAGAAAUAACUCAACGGUCCUCCUCCUCCCUUUCCUCCAUCGGCGAUGAGGUAACAACCGUCCGAGUCCAACAACUCCCCAAUUCAAGCCGACGACAACCCUCUGCUCCCCAAACUGUUCCGCAACCACGACAAACCACAAGCAGCCAAGAAGAAUACGCACACGCCAUCCCCACCACUUCCUACCAACUCGUUGUCCAGCCAUCCGCAGGUCCUAAAUUCAAGAACACAAUUGAGCAUCAAUACUUCGCAAUCUUCCUAGAGAGCACGGCUGCCCAGCUAUCUGGAUAUCACGAGUCUUCCCUUUGGGACCGCAUCGUACCCCAAGCUUGCCAUGAGGAAGAAUGGGCUAUGAACGCAGUGAUCGCUAUCGAAGCUCUCCAUUAUGAAGGUCACCACAUUUUCGCCUUACAACGAUAUGACGAAGCCAUAUACCAAUUCAUGCAGAAAGCUAAAGCAAGUUAUUCAGAGUCUCGUCUUCGACUCGUAUUGAUCUUUACCCUUCUUACUACUUGCUUCGAGACAUACAUCGGCAACAACGAGGACGCGAUUACGCAAGCGGAAAUUGGCGUAGCGGUUCUGCUUAAAUGGGCAGCAGAACAACAGAAAGAGCCAGCAGAUAAGACAGAUGAGUGGUCUAAUGUAAGGAACGUUACAUCUCGGUCGUUUUACCUUGACAACGACCUCUUAGACGCAUUCCAACGUCUAGACUACCAAGUCCUACUCUGUAGGGGUCUUCAACCCGAUCGAAAAGCACCACAAGUAUUUCCAAGUACCCGCAGCCCAUUUAUAUCCGUUAACGAGGCAUACAGAUUCUGUGAUUUAGUUAUGCGGCGGGUCCUAUACUCUCACGCCAUCAAAAAUAUCAGAGAACAACACUCUCCGCCAUGCUAUGAUGGAAAUAACGCCCAGUACUCGAAGCAUGAGUUACAAGGGUUCAGGACUGCCAUAGAGCAGUUUUUCCGCUCAUUCGAGCCUAUUUUCCAAAGCUCUAGACAAGAGCCUGGAUCGAAGAAAUACCUGCUAGCAAACAUCCUCAUGAUUAGAGCUCUAGCUUGCCGUUGGACAAUCUCACAAGGUCCGUCAGAUAGCGAGAUGUACACCAAUGCUUACUUACUGGACUACAACCUCGUUAACAGUCUGGCGAACGAGCUGAUUACAAGAAAGGUGAAUUUCAAUUUCGACAUGACUCUAGGUGCUUCACUAUUCAGCCUUUCACAUUAUUGCAGAGAGCCCACGUGCACAGAGAGAGCAGGAUGGUUCGAUACACCAGUUGCUGCGAAGAUCUCGAAGUGGCUAAUGGACAAGGAAGAACUGAGGAUGAUUGAUGGAUUCAUACCUGAUCCUGCGAGAUUGAGACUCAUCAAGCAUGUACCUGGACAGCACAUGCGAACAGCAGAUCUGUAUUGCUCAGAACUCACUGGGGAAGAUGGAAAUGCGAGAAGAGAAGUGCUCCAUUCUAUUACGUUUUAA